AUGCUGGCGCCGGGCUUGCUCGCCUUCGCAGCUGUCACAGUGCUUUGGGCAGGACGGGCCUGCCUGGAAAUGUUGAGUUCGCGGACAACUGGGCCAUCCUUCCGAUCGCUGCUCGCCCUUCGCGAGAUUGGACCGGUCUCUCGCUCACGAAGAGAGAGGCCGAACAUCGUCUGGAUCCUUACGGACGAUCAAGAUCAGGUUCUGGGCGGUUCCUUCCCUCCGACCAGCCCACAUGGUGCCACGCCCAUGCCGAAGACCCAGCAGCUCCUGAGCGAUGCCGGCAUCCAUGCAGAGAACUGGCACAUCCAUGUGCCCAUCUGCAGUCCUUCCCGGUCAACUUUGCUGACUGGCCGCUACUUCCACAACAUAAAACAAGUGGGCGGUUCGGGUGCUGGGAUGCACGUGAACUACAGCAAAGUGAAUGAUGACACCUUUGUGAGGCGCCUCCAUGACGCGGGCUACAUGACUGGAAUGUUCGGAAAGUAUCUGAAUGUGAUGCCUGAGAAGGUGCCUCCUGGUUUUGAUGUCUGGUUUGCAAAUGGAGGUGGCGACUACUUUGCCCCCAAGUUCAUGACCAAAGGAGUGGAUGGUCUCCCAGAGGGCUGGGUAAAGUUCAGCAAUGCUCCUUCCAACUACAGCACCUCCGUCAUCGGGAACCUUUCCCUUGCCUUCAUCGAGAAAGCCAUCCAUUCAGAGCGCCCCUUCAUGGCCUACAUCGCCCCGAAAGCGGCCCACGAACCCUUCAACCCCGCCCCCUGGUACCGCGACACCUGGGAAGCUUCUUGGCCCCAGCAUGAGCCAAGGGCUGAAAAUUGGAAUUGCUCCGCUGGCAGCCGUCGUGACCACCAUGGCAACAUCGCCACGGAGCCGUUACUGAGUCCUGAAGCUGCUAGGGUCAUCACCGGCGUCUUCAAAAAUCGCUGGCGGACGCUGCUGUCUGUGGAUGACCUGAUCGCAGAUGUAAUUGGAAAGGUGGAGGAGCUGGGGCAGCUGGAGAACACCUACUUCUUCUUCUCGAGUGACCACGGCUUCCAGCUGGGUCAGUUCAACAUCCCCAUGGACAAGCGCCAUGUUUAUGAAUGGGACACCAAGAUCCAUCUCCUCGCUCGCGGGCCUGGUAUUCGACCCAGCUCGAGCUUCGCGGCGCCGGGCACCCAGGUGGACAUUGCACCGACGCUGCUGGGCCUCGCCGGUUUGGCAGCGCCGGAGCACUAUGAUGGCCAGUCGAUCGCUCGCUUCCUCAUAUCGCCCGAGCUGGAGGCCCAGGUGCCGCAGUCGACUCAGCGACACUUGCGUGCUCUUGCGGCGCCCGGGGAAGCGGCGCGGAGAUGGAGAAAGGAGUUGUUCAUUGAGUACUACUUCGUGGACUACAACACCAAAUGCGUGUUGAACUGCCCGAACACAUCGGCCUACCCCUUUGCCGACAGCUGGUGUGGUGAUCUGGCUAACAACCGGGACUGCUGGUGUUCCAGAGAAGAGAAGCUCGAGACUGGUUGCUACUACACAGAGACCCCAGCCAACAACUUCAUCGCCCUCCGUGAUUUCGCUGGAGGGGGGAAUGUGCUGUACGCGGAGUUCCAGACGGGUCAACUCCAGGAAGUGCCUAUCGACUUCAGCCAUGUGGAUUUCGCAGAGCUCUAUGACGUUGCGAAAGACCCCUGGCAGAUGCGGAACUUGAUCAACGACACCGAAGAAGCGGCGAAACAAGCAUGGCAUAAGCGUCUGCGGGAAUGGUAUCAUUGUUCUGGGACUGCGUGCCCUUGA